AUAUUCUUUCCUACUGUUUCUACCUUGACUCAAAGUCAGUCAGGCUGUCGCUACUAGCGGUUGAGUGAGUGUCUGUCUUUGCAGCGCUGCAGUUCAUGGCCAUGCAACUCAACAACACUUCGUCUGGUGGCUGCUCGACAGCUGUCAUGGAAUUGCCGUCGAGGUCUCACGUCAGGCUGGAGGCCGAGCAGUCGGCUCUCAUGCCUGAGAGUACAUCAAAGCCAUCUCGAUCACCGUCAGCAACAGAGCAGCCUCCUCAACUACAGAAAUGGAAUUCAUCUCGGGUCAACACGUUCCGCACGUUUGCCACACUCUUCUCCUUUUUCGUUCUGGGGCUCAACGAUGCCGCAUACGGAGCACUUAUACCUUAUCUGGAAGAGUGGUAUAACGUCAAUUACACCAUCAUUUCUUUAGUAUUUCUCAGUCCUAUAGUGGGCUACACAUUUUCCGCUCUGCUCAACAACCAUAUACAUGUCGUCUAUGGGCAACGCGGAGUUGCUUGGAUCAUGAGCGUGUCGCAUUUAGUGGGAUAUACUGCUAUUUGCGUCCAUCCUCCUUACCCAGUUUUAGUGGUUGUUUAUAUUGUCGUUGGAUUCGGCAACGGCCUGGGUGAUAGUGCAUGGAAUGCAUGGAUUGGCGACAUGGCGAAUGCUAACGAAAUUCUUGGUUUCCUGCAUGGGUUUUACGGUCUAGGCGGUGCAUUGUCUCCUCUGGUUGCCACGACGGUCGUGACGAAAAAGCAUUCACCCUGGCACUGGUAUGAGUUCUAUUAUCUCAUGGUUGGCGCAGCAGCAAUCGAAGUGGUGGUCCUGGUGGGGGCAUUUUGGAAAGCCGAUGGCCCUGCCUAUCGCGCACAACGUUCUCCGGCUUCUGGGGAUGAGGCUGUGGACGAUGCUGAGACUGGUCUUGGUGAACCACAGCAACGGACUUUACUCAACAAGCUCAGCCCGUUCGGCAAACGCGAAAAGGGCAAGAGCGAGACUGUCGAAGCAAUCAAGAACAAAACCACUAUACUCACCUCGUUAUUCUUACUUAUUUAUGUCGGCGCGGAAGUGAGCAUCGGUGGGUGGAUUGUGACUUUUAUGCUACGAGUCAGACAUGGGCCAGCCUUCGGCUCUGGAAUGACCUCGACAGGAUUCUGGCUGGGUGUCACGGUGGGACGAUUUCUGCUGGGCUUUGUGACGGAGCGACUGUUCAAGAGCGAGAGAUGGGCCGUGGCGACAUAUCUCGUUUGCAGCGUGGCCGCAGAACUCGUUUCCUGGCUCGUCGACAAUUUCUACGUCAGUGCGGUCAUGAUUGGGUUCGUGGGCUUCUUCUUGGGGCCCAUGUUUCCGGCGGGUGUCGUUGUUAUCACCAAGUUGCUGCCCAAAAGGCUGCAUGUGCCCGCGGUUGGGUUUGCAGCUGCAUUUGGAGCAAGCGGUGCAACCAUCUUUCCAUUUGCUGUGGGAGCCAUCGCCAACGCCGUGGGAGUCAAGGUAUUACAACCGAUCAUACUAGCAAUGCUGGUGUUGGCCCUGGGGGUGUGGAUGGUGAUUCCAAGGCUUCCAAAGCAGAGAAUGGCAUAAAAUAUCUUCACGACUACAAAGCCGCUUCCCAACACCCAAAAAGCAAUUUUAUGGCGAGUCAAACUCGUUUGACUUGAAGGCCAGCUGGCCCUUUCAACAAUCAGCAAAAAGGAGCAGCUUUCAAGAUGGUGGCUUUAUGCAUGAUUUGACUAGACGUCGACUGACAUCUAGGGGCUGAUUGAAAUGACUUGGCAUCAAACAAGAAUGUGAUGGCAGGCAGUGCAUUGGCUAUAAUUAGCAAAGGAGGCAACGUUAAAAGGGCGGUUGUAAGCACCCGCUGCAAGACAUUCGGUUGAGCGGGCACAUACAGCCUAUCCGCCUAGCAGCCGCAGUCUGGGGGAUGCUCCAACGUUGCAGCAGGCGUUGUGAACCAGAAAAAUGGAAAAGUCAGAACGUCUCUAGGGGUGAAAGUGGGCGCUGAAAGAAGGAACGACAGCCGACUUGAGCUAAUCGUAAUGGAGAAUUUCUU